UUCGUUUGGUGAGGUUCACACUGUUCGCUGCCGUUCGUUUUUGUCCACUGUCGACGUGUCUCUCUCUCUCGCUCUCUCUCCAGCCCGUCUCUCUUCGCCGUGCGUGUCUGCCCCGACUUUAUUUACCUUUUAACUCACGUUUCACCAAGAAUAAAGAUCAACUGAAAGUUAUAGUCGUACAAAAGUGCGUUGAAAACGUAGAAAACGCAGAAAACGAAGAGGAAAAGUUGGCGCAGCCCAAAAAGAAAGAAAUCAAAAGAAGCAAAGCAAAGUGCGCGUGUGUGUUUACGUGUGCGUGCGUGUGUGUGAGUGCGUGUCUUUCGUCGCUCCCUUUGCAAAAAAUCAAAAAGUAUCUUGCAGAUACACGACAAUUAUCAAAGACGAAAAAAACUACAUAAAUCUGAUAAUCAGCUUAGGUUUUCCCGUUGUUUUUUUUUUGUUGUUAACAAUUAGGGGUUUGGUAAAAAUUUUCCUCGUUUCGUUGCGGAAUUUUUGUAUGGCGUUCCACUGCCGAAACGUUCCGCACUCUCUUUCGCGCUCGCUGGCUCUCUCUUUUCGUUUUUUUUUUGCUCUCGUGUCGCCUUGCCGCUUUCGGGUUUCAUAAUUUAGUCGCUUUUCGCUUGCGUAUCUUUAUUUAUAUUUUGUUCCGUUUCCAUUGCGUUUCGCUCAGUGUGAAUUUUAAUUGCCCACUUUUUGGAAAAUUCAAAAUACAAAAGAUCUCCACCACCACACGCAAUAUUAAUAGUUUUACAUCCUCUCCUCUCGCCCUCCCCAAAAACAGUUUCUCCGACAAAAUACUAUAUGAUUUCCCCAAGAUCUUGGUGUAUAUAUUUUGUGCAAAAUAAAUACAAAUACAAAUAAAAAACCAUAAAUAAAAUCAAGCUAGCCUUGGCAAAAUCAUUGAAAAAUAUUUUUAAAAAAAUACAUAAAAAAAGAGAAGAUAAAAAACAAAUUGAUUUAAAAGAUAUAUUUAUAUACACACAACGGUUUCACUUUGCAAAGUUGUAUACAAAGUAAAAAAAAAGUAAUAUAAAAAGAAAACAAGAAAGCGAUUUACAGUUAACCACGCAAAUUAUUCAAUUGUUUGGCCACACGCUGCCUCACGGUAUUCAAAGUAAAUAAUACACGAAAAAAAGUGCAAAUCAAUGUGCAAAAUCAAAUUAUGUAUUCAAUAAUUAUCACACAUAAUGCCGCCUAACAAACUAAGCAAACAUGGAUUAACGCAUUUAUUGUAGAUUGUUAUCUAUGGGAUUGAAGUCGACGAAAAAGGUUUGAUCAACAGUUUGCAACGUAAAUCAGUAACUUAAAGUGUUUCAUUUACGUUUCGUACGCGAUUUUUAUGUGUAGACAUCAAAUAAACGCCAACAAAAAAGUAUCUUCAAAAACAUAAGCAGCACCAACAACAACAAGAGAUACAACAACGAAGGGCACAUCUAACGCUGCGGCUAACAGAUGAGCCCCAACAACAGAUGUCAAUUGCUGCAGCCGAAAAUGCAGGGCUUAGCCCAAGUGACUUACCAGAUCAUUGGGCCUCAGGUACAUCAAAUCCAGCGACCUCAACCAGCAGCAGCAGCAGCGGCAGCAGCAGCAGCAUCAGUGCCAGCGGCAGCAACAGCAGCAACAAGUACAACAGCGGCAACAUAUCGGUCUGCAACCUGCCGCGCUCUUCGCCGGCCGCUGCCACAGCAGCCGUUACUCUAUCAUCGGCCGGCGGCGGGAUUGGCAGCAACUUGUUGAGCGGCCUGCAUCACGGACUGGCGCCCGGAACGCAUCCGCUGCAGCGCGCGACGGCAGCCGGCGGAGGCGGGGCUGGUGCUGGUGGGGGCGUGGCAGGCGCCUCGACAGCAGCGGCACUAACACUCCAACAGCAGCAGCAACACCAGCAGCAACAUCAGCAGCAGCAGCAGCAGCAACACCAGCAGCAGCAACUGGCCUACCAGCAGCAACUGCAGCAGCAAAUCAUCUCGCAGCGUUCUAUACAAAAUAAGGUGGCGGCCAACGCUGCCGCACAAACAAAUCUUGCUGCUGCCCUGCAGCGAUCCACUGCCAUUAUGAACGCGGUGGCAUCGCCGAUCUCAGCCAACUCUGCCAACUCCGGCCGGAAGAUACGACGUAAGACGGAUGCAAAGGUCAAUCUGCCCCAAUCACAAAUCAACAAAUGCAACAAUGAGAAGCGACGUCGCGAGGCGGAGAAUGGUUAUAUCGAGCAGUUGUCGGAGAUAUUGACGCUGAACAAGCGUGGAGAUAUGACCUCAACGAAACCGGACAAGGCGGCUAUACUAAACCAAGUGGUUCGAACGUACCGUGAGAUUUGUGACAAGGGCCAAAACCGUGAUAUAUCCUCAACGUCGACGAACAACAACAACUCCGCGACAACGACCAACAACAACACGAACAGUAGCAGCAACAACAACAACACCAGCAAACCGCAAGCAACCUCAACCCGCUGCAGCCGCUGUGCCACGGACAACUGCUCCAUCCAUCCGGUGCAACAGGGCGAGGUCUCGUCGACGGAACCCCCACUCCCGGAACCCUCGCUGCUCCUCGGCCAGGUGCCCGAGAUAUCGGCGUACUUCGAGGCCCUCGAGCACUACAUCAGCGGCGUCGGCUGGGUCCUGCUCCAGGUGAACGCCAACGGCAUCAUUGAGUCCUGCACGCAGAACAUCCGCGACCUGAUCGGCUAUGAGAAACAGGAGCUGUACCACCAGCCGCUCUACAGGUACCUCUAUUCGGGGGAUCACACCAAGCUAGAGCCGAUCAUCAACAACAUGUACAAUCCGAAUGGCGGCGGUAGCAGUUCCGCCAGUAAUCCUGGGCCAGGUGGCAGUUCCGGUGGCCCCUCCGCGGGCGUUUGGGGCGAUCUCGAGGAGCUGAACAACGGCAAUGCCUCCCAGCAGUCCGCAGGCUCCAAUUCCAGUUCCGGCGGAGCGGGAGGCCAGGGAGGAGGCGGAGCAGGAGGAGCAGCGGGAGGAGGAGGAACUGCGGUGGGCAAGUCGAAGCGCAGCAUCUCCACCAAGGUGCGCAUGCUAGUCAAGGACACACGCACUGCCACCCAGACGUCAUCGAACUGCGAGGAAAAGCCACUGAGGCAGUCCGGUCAUCAGGACAAGUACGAGGAGGUGGUCCUUAUAGCGGCUCCAGUCAAGGAUGACGCCGAUGCCAGCAGCUCGGUGCUGUGCCUGAUCACCAGGCCGGAGGACGAGUCUCCGCUGGAGAUCAACAUUCAGCAGCAUGUGCAGCAGCAGCCGAUCGAGCAGAUGACCUUCAAGGUGGACAUCCAUGGCAAAAUACUCAACCUCGAUGCCACGGCCCUGCGGGAGCCGUUCAAGCAGCACCUGCAGACGUGGGUGGGCCGCCUGUGGCAGGACCUGUGUCAUCCGCACGACCUCUCCACGCUCAAGUCGCACCUGCGCGACAUCCAGGAUUCGGUCAGCGCCAACUCGCCGGGUGCCGGACCGGGCACCAGUGUGGUGUCGCGCCCGUUUCGUUUGCGAUUGGGCGCGCCGGAUAUCUAUGUCCAUGUAAAGGCCAACUCGAGACUGUUCCUGAACCAGACGCUCGGCGAGGGCGACUUCAUCAUGUCCGUGCAGACGCUGCUCAACUCGGAGAACGACAUGAACAGCAGCAACACGGGGGCGGGCAGUGGAGGAUUGGGCCUGGGCCAGUUGUGCGCCAUGGCGCCGAGUCCCUCGCUGGCCAGCUCCCUGCUCAGCAGCCUUUCCAUGGACGGCAUGCAUGGGGGAACCGGUACGGGUUCGGGUCCCUCCUCCUCGCCGGCGGCCUCUGGCCUGCUGCCCACCCAUCUGCUGGGCGGACUUGUGGGCGGUGGCCAGCAGGGCGGCGGUGGCAACAGCACACAGACAACGAGCGUGGGCGGACCACUGAUGAGCAGCGCCAUUAUCAACGGCAGCGGUCUACAGCAGCAACAGCAGCAGCAGCAACGAUCCGGCGCCAGCUCCUCGGCCAGCUCGUCGGCCAAUGCGCUGGUCAACGCGUUCACCGCCUCGCCGGCAGCCGCGGAGCAUAACUUCUACGGAAGCGAUACCUUCGAAUUCGACAUUGCAGCACAUUCCUCAUUCGAAUUGGAUCCCAGCGGCGUGGGACCCUGGACCGAUUCGCGUCCCAAUUCGAGAGCCUCGGUGGCGACGCCAGUCAGCACGCCGCGUCCUCCGUCGGGACACGGAUUCAGUCCGGCUGUUUGCGCCUCCCCGGCCACGCCCUAUCAGCUCUCCUCGCACUCCGCCGCCAGCCUACCAUCGCCGCAGUCGAAUGCCAGCGCCGGCGGAGGCAACUAUGGUUUCAACUUCCACUCCUUCGAGACGGUCGAUGGCAAGCCCGAGAAGGAUGUCCAACAAAGCCAGCAGCAGGUUAACAACAACAGCAGCAGCAGUAAUCCUCUAAUGGGUGGCGGGUUGCCAAAUGGAGUUGGAGGCUUGUUGCUCUCCCAGCAGCAGCAGCAGCAGCAACAACAGCAGCAAACACCGCCGCAGCAACAGCAGCAGCAGCAACAGGAGUCCUCGGAGCGAUUGCGCCACCUGCUGACCAAGUCGCAGAGCAUGGCCGGCGGUCUGGGAGGAUUGGGUGAUGAUGAGAAGUACUUUAAGCCGGAGGGCACCGAUGAGGAGAAGCUCGCCGGCGGCAGCUUCAAAAUGGGUGGCCAGCCGGGAGGUCUGGGCAUGUUCGGACCCAUGGGAUCGAUGGGCCGAGGUGUGGGCAACUCCAGUAUGCUGCACAAGGCAGGCAAUUCGCAGAACCCCAUGCUGCUCAAGCUACUCAACGAAAAGACCGAGGAGGAUGAUGGCAACGGAUCGGGUGGUGGACCGGGUUCCAUGAACAACUCCCGACAGAGCGAGCUGAUGCGCCAGCUGAAGAAUCCGGAUGGAGGUGGCCAUGGCAUGCACCGUGGCAGUGCCAGCGGCAACAUGAGCACCGAGGAUCUGAAGGCCAUGCUCAAGAUCCAGAGCGAUCCGUCGCUGAGUCGCAAGCGAUCGCUCAACGAGCCCGACGACGACCCCUCCGCCAAGCGGUCGGAGGACAAGCCCAGCAAACUGUGCACACAGAACAAGAUGUUGGCCAAGCUACUGCAGAAUCCGCCAAAGAUACCCAAAGCCCCCAAUCCCGAGCAGCCACUGCAAGUGAAGACGCUGCCGGACAUAACCAGCUCCACGGUGAGCAGUACGCUGGCCGCGCCGGGCAACCUCAUUAGCGCUGGCAGCACGGGACCCAAAGCGGCCGCCAACCGCAACCGAAAGCAGCAGCAGCAGCAACAGCAGCAGCAGCAACAACAGCAGCAGCAGCAGCAACAGGCCGCCGGCAUUCCUUCCCAGCAGCAACAACAGCAGCCAAACGAUGUCUACCUCAGCCAGCAGCAGCAACAGCAACUGCAGCCGCCGCAGCUGGCCUUCCAGCACCAGCAACAGCAACUGGCGACCACAGCAACUACCUCAAUUACCACAGCGGCCUCCACUUCGGCUGCGGCGGCUGCAGCUGCAGCAGCGGCGGCCAUUCUGGGCGAUGGCGACUCGGAGCUGUCCAAGCUGCUGGACAGCGUAAUGGAGUAUUAUCCGGAUGAUACUCCCAUCGUGACGAAUGCCCCAUCUGAGGCGUCGGCCAUCAACGAUAUCCAAAAGUCGCUGAUGCAAGACGUGGAGUCGACGGCCUUUGGCAACGACCUAACCCAGCAGCUUAUGAUGAGCCAGCAGCAGCAGCACCAGCAACAACAGCAGCAGCAACAGCUUCUGGCGUUGCAGCUGGCACAGCAGCAACAGCAGCAGCAGCGACAGCAACAUCUGCAACAGCCGCCCGCCUAUCCGGGAAUGCUCAACAUGCAGCAGCAGCAGCAACACCAGCAGCAGCAACAGCAAAACCAGCACAUCAUGCAGCGUCUGGAAGCCAUGCGUAAUCAGGGCAACCAGGGUUUCCAGCGACCACCGCCCAUGUACCCUGCCCGAGGACGUGGCCCCAUGAACGCGGUUGCCACGCCGGGGGGCGUGGUUUUGCCUGCCCAGCAGCAACUGCGAAACAUGCGACAACAGCAACAGUUGGCCGCCGCGCAGCAGAAGGAGCGAUUGCUGCAACAACAGCAGAAGCAGCAGCUACUUGUGCCCGAGAAUGCCACUGGCAUGAAUGCGGGCUUGAACAACAUUGGCUCGCUGUUGAACACGACUGUGGCUCCAAAUGUGUCCCUAUCCCGCACGAACCUGCCCUCAGACGCCCAGCUCAGUCCGAACUUUGCUCAGACCCUGAUGCAGCAGCAGCUCAGUCCAGGUCGCAGCGCGCCCUACAGUCCGCAGCCCAAUCAAGGCUAUGCCCCCCAGUUCCCGCAGCCCGGCCAACGUCUCUCCCCGCAGCAGCAGCAGCAGCUCAGCCAGCAGCAGCAGAACAGUGUCCAGCAGCAACAGUUGGCCUACCAGCAGCAGCAACAGCAGCAGCAGCAACAGGUCGGCGAUGGCGGACGUUCCAACACUCCGUUUGGCUCCAACUCGGGAAUGCAGUCGCCGGGCAUGCAGAAUAGCCCACAGCAGUGGGGAGCUGGCGGAGGAGGAGGCGGUGGACCCGGUGGUCCACUGCCAGCUGGUAACGCCGGAAGAACGCUGCAGCAGCACAACCCGAUGCUCAUCGCCCAGCUGCAGGGCGUGAGUCCGUAUAACGCGCGUCAAUACCAACAGAACCAGAGACGCGGCCUCAAUUCCCCGGGAGCCGUGGGACCCGGCGGCAAUCCGGCAGCCCAGGCGGCGGCUCUGCAGCGGCAGAACUCGUUCCAGGGACAGGGCGGUGGCGGGGCCACGACGCCCGACGGUUUCGGUGGUCCACAAUCGCCCUACGGCGGCAAUGUCAACGUUUUCCAGCAGCAACAGUUGCAGCGACUGCAGCGGCAGGGCAGCGUUCCACAGGCCACCCAACAUCUGCCAGGCUCGCCACGCUUUGGCUCCUCACCGGGCAGCAGCAACACCACUGAUAGCUCAGCUGCCGCCGGCAACCAGCAGCAGCAGCAGCAGCAGCAACAGCAACAGCAGCAGCAGCAACAUCAGCAGCAGCAUCAGCAACAGCAGCAGCUGAUGAACGGGCUGAGCAUGUCGCCACAUCCGCAUCCGGCGAUGAUGGGCGUGGGCGGCAUGGGCAGUGGCGGUGGCAACGGCAUCAUUGGCCUGGGCGGCGGGGGCGGCAGCUAUGGUGCCACCCUUGGCGGCUACGGUCAACCGCAGCAGGCGAAUGAUUUCUAUGGUCGCGCGCAGACCGCUGGCGGUGGCGGCGGCGUAGCCGGUGGCAAUGCCAAUUCCGAGUUUGUUAAGCAGGAGCUGCGAGCGGUGGUCAGUGUGCGGGCCCAGCAGGCGGCUGCGGCGGCCACGGGCGGAGGCGGCGGCGGCGGAGGAGGCGUGGCUCAGCGGGGACAGACGCCGCAGAGUCCGCUGCAGCAGGGCGCUGUGAUCGGGGGCGUGGGCGGCAUCGUGGGCGGGGCCAACAGUACAAACACGAUGGGCAACGUCACGCCCACGGGCAGCGGCAAUGUCAACUCCAUGCUCAACACGCCGCCAGAUCCAACGCUGGGCUUUAGUUUUGAGACGCCGGACUUCUUCACCAGCAGCGCUACGAGGUGACCCUAAGGUGACUAAUUCAAACCCAAGGAUCACAUACAACCAAUACUUCUCUUGCGCACGCAUUUAUGGCUCUAUUUAACAAAAAAAAACAAAAAACAAUAGGAAAUCAAAGGAUGGAAGAGGGGAAGCAUGUAAAUCUAAUUAAAAAUAUUAGCGCAGCACUAUUUAAAAAAUAUAUACCUAAAUAUAUUUAUUUUAUAAUACUAGCAAAUAUUAAUUGUAAAGCAAAAUGGGAACCUCGUCUAAAGAAUUCGCGAAAUCAUAGUUACCAGACACAAGCUAUAGUUAAAUAUUUUCAAAACCGCAAAACAACUUCAAGAAACGAUGGUAAAAUGAUUAAAGAAAUGCAUAUUUAUUACGUUUAAUGAUAAAGCCUAGUUAUAAGAGCUAUAUAUACAAAAGAUGGAAAACAGAAACAAAGCAAAAACAUAAAUAGUAACGCGUUAAGUGCUGACCGUUUCGAGGUGUUGUUAAAUUGAUAUAUGUAUAUUUAAAAGGAAAUAACAUUAAUAUUGUAUGACAUUUGGAGAGGCGUUGGCAGCCGCAGCAGUUGGCUAAGCUCUAGAUAUAACGACAAGCGAUAAUGUAAUGUAUACAAUUUGAAGGGAAAACAUGUAACAUGUAACACACAAAACACAAACUUGCUGUAUAUUUAAAAGUAGUGUUGAAUUUUUCAGUGUGAUAAUUUGUUAAAUUUUAUAUACUAAAUGUUGCUAAUUUGUUGCUGCAAAAGCACGAGGACCUCCACGUCCAAUGGCUUUGCUCUACCUUCUAAUUUUUUACACAUUUUCAAGCAUCUUCGAACAUUACUUCUCUUUGAACUAGCAAUUUACCAAUCGUAUCCCAAAUAUUUCUCUUCGUCUACGAUUAGUAAAACUGUCCCUGUAACUGUACAUAUUUUCACUUAACAAUUCUUCUAAGUUGAGCCGCCUUAAAUUUUAAUUUGUAAUUUAGUUAAUGCUCGUUUAAAUUUAUUGUAACUAUUUUUAGAUACUUUUAUAUCAAAGCGAGAAAGCAAAGCGCGCAAAGCAAAGUUGGCGUUGCAAUUUCAUGUGAAGGCUAUUUUACAGGUUUUGUUUAAACUAAUAUGUAAUUUUAACCAUUUUUAUAUUAACUAUUAAACAUUAAAUAUAAUACAUUGGCUUGUAUGAUUCGAAACACUUUCAAUGAACACUUUGCAAGCUUUAGCGGAGCAAAAACGUUUCACGUUUUCUAUUAUGUAAUUUUUUAUUGAUUUUUGAUUUUGUUUAAAUCCGUAAGUCUAUUAAGUUGGGUUCAAUCGUUAUAAAUAUUAUUUUAAAGAAGAAACGAUACAAAUGCUAUACAAAUAUUAUUGAUAUAAAUUUAGUUUAUAAUUUUAUUAAAAUACUGUUUAAACUGCAAAGCCCUAAAUAAAAAUUUAUAUACAAUAUAUUAAAAACUAACCGUUUUCUUUAUUUACCAUUUUUUGAUUUCUUUAACAAAUUAUGAUACUGAGACAAGGCCCCAAAACAACGACAAACAACACGAAUAAAUGGAAUACAUGAUUCAAGAAUGCGGCGAUAUUAACACUUGGGAAAAUAGAAAUACCUCUCGUUAAGUUCAAAAACGUAUGAUAAAAUACAAAUUUAUGAAAAUAUUGAGCAUAACCGAAUAAUCAUUGAAAUAUAUUAAGAUGACUAAAGAAAGUGUAAAUAGAUUGCAAAUGGUUCAGAUAAAAUUACUUCAACAUCUAUUACAGAAAAUAAUUUUUAGACGCUGCUAGCUAAAUUACAAUUGUCACACUCAAAUAAAUAGCUUAAGAUGAGUUUUUUUCUUUAAGAGGCUACAUUUAAUGCAAUUAAAUUAAAAAUUAAAAAGCAUGAAACGGAAAAGAUGUCGGCCAGUUUUCGGCGCCCAGCUCUCCCCUAGUUUUUUAUACUGACAAAACCUCAAACCAGGAAAGUAUAAGUAUAACAAAUGAAUAUACACAAGUAUACUGCAUUUAGCAUUAUAUAUACACCUAUAAAAAUAGUUUUAAUGCCAGUUAUUCAUAUAUACCAAUUCAUAAAUAUAUAUUUAUACGGUGUAAGGAUAUAGCAAAUUUCACACACAGCAACACAAAAAGUACAUAUAAAGUGCAUUAAUGAAUUUAAGCAUUUAAUGAAAUUAAUUAAUUUAUAAGCAUAACGAAAUAUAGGGGAUUAUUUCGAAUAUAUUUAAAAUAAAUAAAUAUUUACAAACGGUAUAAACUUCAUAGAGAAUAUAAGAGAAUAACCCAGUACACUUAAAUCUAACUAACCCCAAUGCAAAUAAUAUUUACGCGAAAGCAAAGCGGACUUACUUUUGAUAAGAAUACCUACUUAAGUGCAUAUUUGAUUUGGUAAGUUAUUCUGUUAUCGUGCACGGUUAUCGAUCCAGUUGUACAGUUGCGGCAACAAAAAUAGCACCAGUGUGUAGGCAAUUCUUCUUUGUGCUACAGAAUGGUAAUUUUUUGCAAUAUUUUUAUUCUGUUUGUAAGGGUAAGUAGGGUUACAUAUCUAUUAACUAAAAUAAAAGUGGUUACGCCCACAAUACGGAUGGUUUUUAAAAUUUCGAUACAUUUAUCAAAAAAGUAGCAAAGUUAUGCGGCAACAAAAAUAGCACCACUUAAAUAAAAAACUUAAAAAACUUAAAAAUAACGCGAUUUGAAAAUUUUUUUUGAUUGAAAUGUAUGAUUUCAUACACCUUAAGGUAAAAAAAUAUUGUUCUAAAGCUUGGGCUGCAACAACAACAACAACAACGACCGACCUUGACGUCACUAGACACCAGAAUCUUCCCUUGGCAAAAUUGUUGUCUGGCUCUUUCAAAAUAGCUCGAGGGCAGUUUUUUUUCUUCGGUUUUGCAUUAAAAACAUAGUUUUUAACAUUUCUGCAAAGAUUUUCGAUGUGUUUUAGUUCUGGGGCUUGUAAGGUCCCCAUUAUACCAUUUAGCUUAAGGGUUUUAAAA